GCGCAGCCAUGUUGGGAACAUUAGAAGGGAACCAACACCACAACCAGAAAGACGGGAACAUCUAGGUUCGGCAGCGGCGUGUCUUAACACCUUAACACCACCACCAUGGCUGACCCGGAAAAACAGCCCGAACAACCAAAGGCUGGCCAGCAGAAGCUGAUCAUCGCUAACAAAGUGACCGGGACUGUAAAGUGGUUUAACGUGAAGAGUGGGUACGGAUUCAUCAACAGGAACGACACCAAGGAGGAUGUAUUUGUUCAUCAAUCAGCCAUCGUGAAGAACAACCCAAGGAAGGCUGUGCGCAGUGUCGGCGACGGUGAAGUGGUCGAAUUUGACGUGGUAAUAGGUGAGAAGGGUCAUGAAGCGGCCAACGUUACCGGUCCAUCCGGGGAAGCAGUAAAAGGUUCGCCUUAUGCUGCCGAUAGGCGACGUGGGUAUCGCGGAGGUCAUUGGUACAUCAGUCAAAGACGUGGAAACACUCGACCUCAACGUAGACCUCGAGAAGGUCAAGACGGUUACGAAACCGGUGAGGGUAAGACCGGGGACGAAGCGAAUGUCGGCGAGGGAGGCGGUCAGCAACGACGUUACAGGGUUCGACGACAAUACGAUGGUUACUAUCGUGGAUCGCGCCGUUCUGGCCCAUCGGCGCAACAACAAGGAGAUAACACCGGCGACGGUGGCGAACAAGGUGGCGAGACUGGCGGGGACGGAGGCGUGCCACGUGGUGGCGGACGUGGACGCGGAGGACCCUCUCGUCGUUACUUCCGUCGUAAUUUCCGCGGGGGAAGAGGUGGCGGACCACCGCGUCGUCCUCGUAGCCAGGACGGCCAAGUAAAAUCGGAGCAGAAGUCGGAUGCACCUAAAGAUAAGGAUGCACCUGUCGCUGUCCCUGCUCCACAGGAAAGUCAGCCGGUUCAGAACACCACCACCGAAAGCACCGCUUAACCAAGAGUAAUGGUACCACUACAACAAAAACACUCCUUUUAAUAUAUAACACCAACACCCGUUAUACACCGAAGCAACAGCAACGACAACAGCAACCGCAGCAGCAAAACAUUAUAACAAAUGAAAAAAGUUAAAAAAAAAAAGCGAAACAAAAAAAAGCAAGAAAUGGAAGGAAAUUGCGAAACAUCGCUCCACACUCUCCCCGGCAGAAGAAGAAGAUUAAGAAGCGUGUCCGAUAUGCUGCCGGAAUUAGUUGAUAGAAUACGCUGGAAAGCCUCGUCGCGAAGAAGAAACACGAUCCACGACACGUAUCGACUACGAGCGAACAAACUCUCGAGUUGGACUUACCGCCGUGCGACCACGGUUUUCCAUUAUAUUUCUGUGAAAAUUUACAGAUUUUCGAUCGUGUAAAUCUGUCACUCGUCGAAAUUCUAAAGAUUCUAAGAAAAAGCGAUCGGAAGAGACGCGGAAAAGAAACGUAGCCGAUGAAUGACGGUUUUAUUCCGCGAAUUAGGACGAAACGGCGGUAAGUCGUGUAUUUUGGAGUAUUUCGUCCGACGACGGCGGUGAAAAUGGUAAAGAAAAUGCGCGAUUGUAACGCAACGAAUUUCGUUCUGCGUCAAGUUACGAAAGUUAGGUAAUCUCGAUCGUGGAAGAAACAACGAAGAGAGAGAAGAGAAGAAACACGGUGAUGGGCUACACAAUACGAAUUCGAAUAGGCGAAAGUGGUAUUUUUGUUCUUGUUUUUGCGUAUUUAUUGUUUCAUACGUUUUAAUUUUUCUUCAACGAAACGCAUUCGAUCGUUUUACGCAUAUAUAUAUGUCUUUGAGUUUAACGCGAUGCUCGCAGAGUUUUUCUCUUGUCCGUGUACAUGUAAUCGGUAAAUGCGCGCGCGCGCCCCUGAAAUCAUAGGAAUACGUUACUACGCGCGCUUACCUGUCAUUGUGCCAGCCAGCUUAAUCGUUUCAGUUCUCUCGAAAUUAAUCCGUUCUUUUUUUUGCCCCCCCCCCCUUCAUUGAAAUGCAAUGUUCGAUUCGUUCCGAAAAUCAGUCGUCCGUCGUGUCGCUUUUGUCUCUUCGGUCCUCGUUGGUUCGUGGCUUUAUAUGCUUUGUAAAAUCGCAACGAGAAGAUUCGUUCGAUGAUCAGCGACUAAAUGCAAUUAUAAAUCUCAUUGAAUUUUCUGUCUGAUCGCGUAAUUUAGUGACGCGAAACAAAUUGGCGCGGUACCUUUUACGAUCGCUCGUAUCAAAUGACGCGAUCGAUGCCCCAGGAGGGCACGAAACGUAUUAUCCGACGAUAAGCAACGAGAUGUCACGCCUAAGGCGUUAACCGAGAAUCCGAUCAAUUUUUGCCGUAAUUUUCGGUACAACGAGUCGAUAACGUUCGAUCACGAUGGAAGAACUUUGCCGUCGUUGCUCAAACCUAUCGAUCCUCGGAGAUAUCAGAAAUUUCCUCUCGAUUGACAAUGCGAACCUGCGAUUUGUCAGUGAGUAAAUGAGCGAGCGUGCGGGCGAGCAAGCGAAUGCGCGAACGAGUGGGAUAGAGAGAAUGAGAUAGAGAGAUAGAUGUGUGUGAGAGAGAGAGAAAUAUAUAUAUAUAUAUACAGAGAGAGAGAGAGAGAGAAUAAGAGAGGACGAAAGAUUUAUACACUUUUGCAUGAAAACGGAACAAUUUUUUAAAUUUUAGUUUGUAGUUCUAUCGUCGGAAAAUAAAAUGUACAAUUUUCUUUCCAAACGCUUCGAUGUUGAGCGCGCAAAUUCGUUGCAUCAGAUUUUAUUUCAUUUCAAGCGAACAAGAUAUCUUUUAGUUUUUUUGUCUCUGUCUCAAUAUGUGUCUGUGUCGUCAUCAUAAUCUUUACGGUCGCUAUCGUUCUAUCGUAAGACUAUUUUGCGAUCUUGGGUAAAAAGGCUUGUGCCUCGAGUGCUUUAUGCGAUAGAGCCUGGAACGGUGAGAAACACGAUCGGGAGAAAAGAGCGACGAGGUGAAGACAGAGUGGAGAGUGUGUGUGCGUGCAUGCGUACAAAUAUAGCGUAAAAUGAGGAAUAACAACUGCUGAUCCUCGUGUUCCUCCGCGGUCGAUUGAAAUGAAAGCGGGAACAGGGAAGACAAGUAGUGGCGUCGGUUCGUCGUCGAUUCGUCGUCGAACGCGCGCUGCUUGACGUUUCGCGUUUUUUUGUACGCGAUCCAUACAGAAGGAUGUGUUGCCGCGGGACGCGAGCUAGCGACGAGGAAGAGGAGACGAAGAGCGUGAAAGAAAGUAAGGUAAACGACUCCUAGACGCAGAACGUUGUAAUUGUAUGCGGAAAAAAGAACGAUGCAUGUGUUGGAAGUGAAUAUCGGAAUUAAAAAAGAAAUAGAAGCAAAGAGGAAAAAAAAAAAAAGAAAAAAGAGGAGUCGUGCGCGGACCAGUAUGCUAGCAGGCAACCGCAACGUCGAACAUGAACCGCGUUUGAAGUGAACGGCGAGCACGGAACGCGCACGGUCGCGAACGGUGAUCCCUCGAACGAAUUGUAACGUCGGCUCGUUCGCGUUUCGAAGGCCUGUGGAAAUGCGUCGAGUAGGAAUCGUACUCGGCGUUCUCGAUACUCUCGUAUCGUUCCCUCUAGCGCGGCGCGUGUCUUUGAAAUGGCGCUCGUUUCUCGACGAGGAACGAGAACGAGAAGAUGGCGCGUCACGAUUCGCGUACCACUCGCUGCGACAGUCAAUUAGUUUUAAUUCAGCUUUUCGCGAGGAGCGAUCUCGAUGAUGAGGGAGUCGUCCCGGAUCGCGCGGGACGGAACGGAUGAUGAAAAAAGAAAGGAGCGAAAGAAAUGGGAGAAUCGAGAGAACGCUGCCUCGAAUGUGUCUCGAAGAAGAAAGGGUAGUCAUCUAAUUACACGUAAAGGAGGAGACGUAAUUGUUGCCGGACGCGACACGGAUGCGCCGCGUUUGCCGCGCGCGUCCCACGUGUCGCCGCUCGAUCGAAACCACCCCGGCGAUCCAUCCUGCUCUCCUCGUCCUUGCCCCUUACCUUCAUCUUUACCUUCCCCAUUAUCCCUGUCUUCGCUUUCACCUUUACCCUUGUCCUUAUCCUUACCCUUAUCCUUACCCUUUCCUUGUCCGGUUUCCGAUCCGCAUCUUUCAUAUUCUCAUUUCCUCGAACCCCCAGUGAAUUUUGUACCGAAAUGCGAAACUUUGAAAAGCUACUUUCAUAUACGGAAUUUAAUUUUUUCACGAAACAUGUGCAUUAUAAAAAAUAAAUGCCAAAAAAAUCGCAAAACUCACGAA